AUGAAGGGAUUUUCAAUCUUAACAGCAGGUCUCUUGACUCUGUCGAGCCAAGUAUCAGGACAUUAUAUCUUCCAGCAGCUCACCGCCAACAAUGUCAAAAACCCGACAUUCACAUACAUUCGAAAGAACACCAACUACAACUCGCCCGUAACUGCAAGCAAUGACCUUCGUUGUAAUGUAGGAGGAGCGACUGGAGGCUCAACUGGCACUGUUUCUCUUGCAGCAGGAUCAGCAGUAUCCUUCACAACCGACACAGCAGUGUACCAUCAAGGACCCAUCUCAGUAUACAUGGCCAAAGCACCGGGCGCCGCUGCCGACUUCGACGGUUCCGGAAACGUGUGGUUCAAAAUCCUUGAUAUCGGUCCAAAGUUCCCAGGAGGAACUUGGGAUUUGAAACAAACAUACACAUUCAACCUCCCAAAAUGUGUCCCAAGCGGAGAUUACCUCGUUCGAAUCCAAUCUCUUGCGAUCCAUAACCCAUACCCAGGCGGAACCCCACAAUUCUACAUCUCUUGCGCGCAGGUGACGAUUACUGGCGGUGGAAGCACGGAUUUGGGACCCAAGGUUGCUAUUCCUGGGGCUUUCAAGAAGACGGAUCCGGGUUAUACUGCGAAUAUUUAUAGCGGGUUCACCAGUUAUACCGUCCCAGGCCCACCAGUUGCGUCGUGCUAG